GUGCCAAGCUGCGAUUGUGAGCAAGUCUCCAGAUUCCAACCGCGAUGGACGACACCGAGUCCUUCGCCGGCCUCUCCAGGGAGCAGCUCAUCUACGCCAUCACCGUGCCCCUGUCCACCUCCAUCAUCCUGGCCAACCUCGUCAUCAUCCUGGGCAUCGCCUGGAACCGCCAGCUCCACAACACGCCCAACUACUUCUUCCUCAGCCUGCUGGUGGCCGACAUGUGCACGGGCGUGGCGCUGCCCUUCGUCCCGCUCAUGGGCCUGAACCGGGAGUUGAGCUUCAGCUCCUGCAUGGUGGCGCACACGUUCCCAAACUUCCUCUUCCUGGCGUUCCUCUUCAACCUGGUGAUGGUGCACUACGAGCGCUACAUUUGCAUUGUCGACCCUCUGCAUUACAACAACCUGUGGAUGCAUCGCAGCUUUCCUCUGGCGUUGCUGGUGGUGUGGCUGCCUCCGCUUCUGUACGCGUGUCUGCCUGCGUUCGGGUGGAACAACUGGACGGGACCAGAUUGGAACGGCUGUUGUUGUGCGACCAGCCAAUAUUUGACUCCACUUUCAAACUGUUCCACCAAUGGAACCACCUGCUGCUCGUACCGGCGAGUGUUCCCCAACGCUUUCAUCUACUUGGAGGUGUACGGACUGGUCCUGCCUGCUAUCCUCACCAUCGCUGGCAUGACCGGCCGUGUCCUGUGGAUCACCAGAGGUCAGCUGAAGGACAUUUGCCGCCUCCACCGCUCGGUGGAUCGGGGGAGUCAGGCCUCGGACCAGGAGCAGAGGCUGAACCUGCGCUACACUCGCUGCGUGGUGGCCGUGUCGCUGACCUUCCUGGCCUGCUGGGUUCCCUACCUCAUCUACAUGCACGUGUGCGUGGCCGUGCUGCUCAGCGACACCAAGUGGAGCUCCAACACUCACAUCGUGCUGUCCUGCACGGGCAUCGGGAGCAUGGCCGUGGUGCCGCUGGUGCUCGGCCUGGUCAACAAGCAGUACACGGAGCCGGCGUACAAACUUCUCCGGAAACUCAGAGGCAGGUGGAGAAAGACGCAGGCGUCAGAGGAAGUGGCCGUCUGAGAAAAUACUGAUGAUUCUGAAUAUUUAUGAGGAUAAAUCCGCACGAAAUGAUGAUGAACUGCAGGCACCCAGUCGGCCGAAAGGGGAAAUAUUUAUUUACAAAAU